UGUGCUUUGCUUGUAGGGCACUAUAUCCCACAGCUAGCAGCGUUGUUGGUGGAGCACAACAAGAACCCUAACCACGAACCAGUCAACCUCGUAGCCAUUGCUAUUGGGAAUCCACUUUUGGAUCUGGACAUCAGUAUAUUGGCGGGCGACUACUUAUGGGGUCACGGUGCAAUAUCGGAUGAAACCCUGUUCUUGGAGAAGACAGUUUGCAAAGACUCCAAGUACAUGCACGAAUACGUUCAUUCAGGAUGGUCACAAGGAUGCAAUGAUGUGUUCAAUAGAGUUGCCGAUGAAGUGGGUGUAGAUGUUAAGUUCGAUGAUCUUCUCUUGCCGGAUUGCCCAUCAUCCAACCACGCCCAGCAAUUUAGGCUUAAAGGACUGCUUGGGAUGAUACAUUCGGCUGAGAACAAAGAAGGGUGA